AUGAAGAUUGAUUCUAGAUGUCAGAUCUGUGGUAUGGAAGGAGAGUCCAUAAAUCAUGUGCUGUUCACUUGCACUUUGGCUAGACAAUUUUGGGCCAUUUGUAACUUUCCUCGGCCUCACUCGGACUUCUCUGUUUCCUCUAUAUAUUCGAACAUUUUCUAUGUUCUGAAAGCAAAGGAUAUCCCCUCCAUCCCUUUGAAUAUCAGUAGAGCGGGUCCUUGGAUCAUUUGGAAUAUCUGGAAGAACAGAAAUUCUCAUUUCUUUGAAGGUUGCGUAACCAAAGCUCCAGAUUUCCUUGAGAAAGUGUAUGAAGAAGCAAAUCACUGGUUCCUGAUCAAGACAAUUGAAAAAGAGGAAAAAGCCAUUGACCUCGAUCGGAAGAAGAAAAUAAUGUUUGGUUGGAAACCUCCGCCUUCGGGUUGGAUCAAAUGCGAUAUUGGUUCUGCUUGGAGCAGUUCCAAAAAUGAAAGUGGAGCUUCAUGGGUUCUUAGAGACAGCGAUGGAAAUGUUUUGUUACAUGGUAGAAGAUCUUUCUCAGCUAUUUACAGUCGUAUGGAUGCUUCUAUGGAAAGUUGGUUAUGGGCAAUCGAUAGUCUCAAAAACCUUCACUUCGGUUCAAUUAUUUUUGCAAGUGAUGAUAAAGAUCUAGUUGCGGCAGUUACUAAACCAUCUGCUUGGCCAUCACUUAAGUUCUACUCUCAAAAGAUCUGCAUUCAGCUUCAUAAUUUUUUUUUCUGGCGUGUUCAAUCUUUGAAACGCUCAGAUAUCAGAGGAGCUUCUCUGAUUGCUGAUAGUGUCAUCAAAGAGGAUCGCCAUCAAUCUUACAUUGCUGCUGGAUAUCCUGGUUGGUUAAGACAUCUCUUUGUUUUAUCAUAA